AUGGGGGACUGUGGGUGGAUGAUGGAAGAUCUUGAACUUUUUCAGAAGACUGUCCGAGCCAUCCUCCAGAUGAAUAAGGGGCGACUGUCACUGACCCAACUUAAGUCAGAGUACAAACUGCUGACUGGAGAACACGUCGCCUUCAGACAAAUGGGACACAGAACGCUGAUGUCUCUGCUCCUCAGCAUGCCCUCCAUCAUCCACAUGCAGCAGAAUCGAUUUGGAGAGAUGAUGUGUUUUUCGUCCACUGAGCCCCAGACUGCCAAGGUGAGAAGCCUUCAGCACGUCUCAAAGGAGAUGAAUCGACCACACCAGAUCAACACCAGUGUGAGGGUCAGACCCGCUGCACCGCAAGUAUUCAACGACAAACCUCAGACCCCUCACAGAAUGUCCACCUCCAGCAGACAGAAUGCCAGUGUCAUCGUGACGAGGGACAUCAGGAUGGUCCCGACAGAACGCCGGUCCUCACUCCCGUCUUCAGCACACCCUCCUUCCUCCCCUGCAGCUCUCAGCCCAGAACUGAAGCUGAAGCUGAAGGAGCUGCUGAGGACCUUCCCUCAUGGACUUUGGGCCAAGGUGCUGCCAAAGGUUUUCCAGGACAAAUACAAAACCAAGCUGCCUGAAGACAUCCUGGAGAACCUCGAUCUCCUGAAAGAUGUCUGUGACAUCAUCUGUCCACAACCUGAUGACCCCAAGAAGAUCAUCCUGUACAGCAGGAUCCCCCACUGA